CCUGGGAUCGCAUCUCCCUUGUUCUGUCCUCAUCCGUGGAGCUGCGAUCUGUAAGGUGGUGGGAGCUGCAGGCGGACUCGGGAGGCCCAGGAACCAGAAAUGGACUCAGUGGCCUUUGAGGAUGUUAAUGUGGAGUUCACCAUGGAGGAGUGGGCUUUCCUUGAUCCCACUCAGAAGAAACUGUACACAGAUGUGAUGCUGGAAACCUUCUGGAACCUGGCAUCAGUAGCAUGUAUUUUAGAACAAUGUGACGACCAUGACAAUGAAGAUCAGUAUAAGAAGCAUGGGAUGAAUCUUAGCAAUCGUAUUGUAGAGAGACUCUGUACAAGGAAGGAUGGUAGUCAAUGCAGAGAAAACUUCAGCCAGAUUCCAAAUCAUAAUGAAAAGAAGGAAACUCCUACUGAAAUAAAACAACCUAAAUCCAGGUUGUGUAGGCAAAUCUUCAUACGUUACUUAUCCUUGAAUAACCACCUGAGCUCUCACAUUGGACCCAAACUGUACCUGUGUCAGGAAUACAAAGAAAUACCUUAUAAAUAUAAGGAAUGUGAGAAAGUUUUCAAGCCUCACCAACAUAUUCAGAGCCAUGAAGGCAGUCCCAGUGGGAAAACUUUCCACUGUUCAACUUCCCUUAGAAAUUAUAAAAGAACAUAUAUCGCUGGGAAACCAUAUGAGUGUGAGCAAUAUGGGAAAGGCUUUAAUCGUCUCACUUACUUUGAACUUCACAAAAAUACUCAUAGUGGAGAGAAACCUUAUCAAAGUAAGCAACGUGGCAAAGCUUUCAGUUCUCCCAAGUACUCUGGAGAAAAUGAUAGAACACACAUUGCAGAAAAGCCAUAUCAAUGUAAGAAAUCUGGAAAAGCUUUAAGUUCCACUUCCCUUAGAAAUCAGGAAAGAACACACACCGGUGAGAAACCUUAUGAAUGUGGGAACGUCUUCCAUCAGCUCAGGUCUCUUGGAGAACAUAAUAGAAGUCAUGCCAGAAAGAAGCCUCAUGAAUGUAAGGAAUGUGGUAAAACAUUCUGUCAUCGCUAUUCCCUUAUAAUUCACCAAAGAAUGCAUACUGGGGAAAAGCCCUAUGAAUGUAAGCAAUGUGGGAAAGCUUUCGUAUUUUCCACUUCUCUUCGAAAUCAUGAAAGAAUGCAUACUGAGAAGAAACCCUAUAAAUGUAAGCAAUGUGAGAAAGCCUUCCAUUAUCGCAGUUGUCUUGGAAAACAUAAACGAUGUCAUGACGGAAAGAAGCCUCAUGAAUGUAAGGAAUGUGGUAAAACAUUGCAUCAUCCCUAUUCCCUUAGAAAUCAUGAAAGAACUCAUACUUGGGUAAAAUGCUAUGAAUGUAAGCAUUGUGGUAAAGGUUUCUAUUAUCACUCUUACCUGCAAGAUCAUGAAAGAACUCAUACUGGGGAAACAUCAAAUGAACGUCAGCUAUGUGGUAAAGUUUUGUCUUAUUCAACUUCCCUCCAAGAUCAUAAAAGAACUCAUUCUGAGAAAAAAUGCUAUGAAUGUAAGCAAUGUGGGAAAGCCUUCAGUUCCAGCAGCUCUCUUGCAAAUCAUAAAAUAAGUCAUGAUGAAAAGAAGCCUCAUGAAUGUAAGGAAUGUGGCAAAACAUUCCAUCAUCACUAUUCCCUUAGAAAUCGUGAAAAUACUCAUACUGGAAUGAAAACCUAUGAAUGUAAGGUUUGUGGUAAACUUUUCUCUUAUUCAGCUGCUCUUCUAUAUCAUAAAAGAAUGCAUACGGGUAAAAAACCCUAUCAUCCCUCUUCCCUUAGAAAUCAUGAAAGAACUCAUACUGAGGAAAAACCCUAUGAAUGUAAGCAUUGUGGCAAAGCUUUCUAUUUUCUAUCUGCCCUCCAACGUCAUGAAAGAACUCAUACUCGGGAAAAUCGCUAUGAAUGUAAGCAUUGUGGAAAAGGUUUCUAUUAUCAGUCUUCUCUCCAAGAUCAUGAAAGAUCUCAUACUGGGGAAAAACCCUAUAAAUGUAAGGUUUGUGGUAAAGUUUUCUCUUAUUCAACUUCCCUUAAAUAUCACAAAAGAAUGCAUAGUGGGGAAAAACCCUAUCAAUGUAAGGAAUGUGGGAAAGCCUUCAUUUUCCCCAGCUCUCUUGGAAAGCAUAAAAGAAUUCAUGAUGAAAAGAAGCCUCUUGAAUGUAAGGAAUGUGGUAAAACAUUCUAUUAUCAAUAUUACUUCCAAAUUCAUGAAAGUAUUCAUACUGGUGUAAAACGUUAUGAGUGUAAGCAAUGUGGUAAAGCUUUCUAUUAUCCAUCUUCCCUCCGAAAUCAUGAAAUGACUCAUAAUAAGGAAAAACCCCAUGCAUGUAAGCAAUGUGGGAAAGUCUUCAGUUACCUCAGUUCUCUUCGAUGUCAUCAAAGAAUUCAUGAUGGGAGGAAGCCUCAUGAAUGUAAGGCAUGUGGUAAAACAUUCCAUCAUCCCUGUAAACUUAGAUAUCAUUUAAGAAUUCAUACUGGGGAAAAACCCUAUGAAUGUAAGCAUUGUGGCAAAGCUUUCUAUUAUCUGUCUGCCCUCCAAAGUCAUGGACGAACUCAUACUGGCAUAAAAUGCUAUGAAUGUAAGCAGUGUGGUAAAGGUUUCUAUUAUAAAUCUUCUCUUCAACGUCAUGAUAGAACUCAUACUGUUGUAAAAUCCUAUGAAUGUAAGCUAUGUGGUAAAGUUUUGUCUUCUUCAACUUCCAUUCAAUAUCAUGAAAGAAUCCAUACUGGGGAAAAGCCCUAUCAAUGUAAGGAAUGUGGGAAAGCCUUCAUUUCUCCCUGCUCUCUUGGAAGUCAUAAAAGAAGUCAUGAAGAAAAGAAAUCUCAUGAAUGUAAGGAAUGUGGGAAAACCUUUCCUUUUCCCUCUUUACUUAGAAGACAUGAAACAAUUCAUACUGGAUGAAAACCCUAUGAACGUAAGCAUUAUGGUAAAAGUGUAUCUUAUCCAGCUUCCCUCCCAUAAAAUGAUAGAACACGUACUGGAAAAAAAAAAACCAUGUAUGUCAGGCUUUUAGUCUUCCUGCAUCUCUUAGAGAUCAUAAAAAUAUACAUACUGGGGAGAAACUCUACGACUGAAAGCAAUGUGAGGAAGCCCUUUCUGCCAAAUGUCUUAGUGAACAUAAACUAAUUCAUCAUGGAAAGAUGUCUCAUGAAUGUAAGGAAUGUGGUAAAACUUUAUUUUAUCCCUCUUUGCUUAGAAAUCUUGAAAAAAUUCAUACUUGGGAAAAACCCUAUGAAUGUAACCAUUGUGGUAAAACUUUCUCUUCUCCACGUUCCCGCCAACAUCAUAAAAGAACUCAUACUAAGGAAAAACUUUAUGAAUGUGAUCCAUGUGGAAAACCAUUUAUUCAUUCCAGUUCCCUUCAAAAUGACAAAAACACUAAUAAUAGUGGAGAGAAAUUAUAAAGAAUGAAAGAAUUCACACUGAAAAUAAGCCCUAUUGUGUAAAGAUUGUAGAAAAGCCUUUGACCAUCCUGGUUCUUUUUUUUUUUUUUUCAUCCUCACCAGAGGAUAUUUUUCCAUUGAGACAGUGGAAGUCAGCGAGUAAGACAGAGAGCAAUAUUGAUAUGAAAGAAACAAAUCAGUUCGAUGCCUCCUGCACAUCCCCAGCCAUUUAAGCACACAGUGCAGAAAAGCUCUAUGAAUGUAAUGAAUGUGGUCAAGUUUUCAGUUUCUCCAAGUCUCUUAGAAAGCAUUGAAGGAAGAACACAUACCAGGGAAAAACAUUAUCAAUGAAAGCAUUGUGGGAAAACCUUAUGUUGUGUCACACAUCUUUCAAGACAUAAAAGAAGACAUGAUGGAAAUAAGCUUCAUGAAGGGGCCUGGCACAGAGUGCGGGGUUGCAGGAGGAGUUACAGUGUGGGGUGGGUUCCCUAACACAUCGGCUUUGCCUUUUUAUCCUGGUUCUUCACCAGGGUGGUUUGCUGGGUGAUGGUUGUGUGGGGGCUUCCCAGCCCACAUGCAGUGUGCAUCUGCUCUGGGAACAGCUCUGCACCUGGCCUCACAGUCCAGGCUCUGUGUGUGGCCUCGGUGCUUGACUGCUGGGCUCCCCUCUAUCCCACUGGCACGUUUAGGGUGAAUUGUUAUGCCCAGACUUCAACAUCCCCCAUAGGACACCACCAGGGAGCACUGAGUCUGAUGCAAAAGCAUAGAGUCUUUAUUCCAGCCCGGGGCUUGGUCCC